GCAGCCCCCUCCCUUUGUUGUGGGGAACACCUGAAUGGGCUGAAUGGGGACAAUGUCUUCCUUCCGGUACGCCCUUUUCGUCAAUGGGAGGCUCCCCGGUGUGCGCCGUCGUGCGCGUCCCGGGGGCUUCUGGGUAGCGGUUUACCCCCGCCCACUGCGUCAGCGUCUUCCUUUCGCCGCCCGACGCCACCGAGGUCGCACGCGUGAGGCCUGUCCGCCGCUGCCGAGUGAGUUGGCUGGCUGCCUGGGCCGCGGACAGGGUCAGCAUGCGUUACGUCGCCUCCUACUUGCUGGCCGCCCUCGGGGGCAACUCCUCUCCUAGCGCCAAAGACAUCAAGAAGAUCCUAGACAGCGUGGGCAUCGAGGCGGACGAUGACCGGCUCAACAAGGUCAUCAGUGAGCUGAAUGGAAAAAACAUUGAGGAUGUGAUUGCUCAGGGAGUUGGCAAGCUUGCCAGUGUGCCUGCUGGUGGGGCUGUGGCUGUUUCUGCUGCCCCUGGCUCUGCAGCUCCUGCUGCUGGUUCUGCCCCUGCAGCAGCAGAGGAGAAGAAAGACGAGAAGAAGGAGGAGUCUGAGGAGUCAGAUGAUGACAUGGGAUUUGGCUUGUUUGAUUAAAUUCCUGCUCCCCUGCAAAUAAAACCUUUCUACAUAUCUUGAA